CACAGAGCGCUGUUGCCGCCUUUGGCAGAACUUCAAAGAGCCGUGGACGCCAUCCAUUACUUGGAAAGAGAGGAAAGAACUUAUCAGAAGUGCAAUUGUUUACUGGGGACGUUAACUGCAGGACUCCUCGUGGGUUCACCGCUGUGUCUGAUGGGCUUCCCUUGUCCGCGGCUCACACCAGGAAGUGAGCAGGUGAGACGCACCUGUUCUGAACGCAGACUGAAACUCUGAUGGCAUAAUAUCUUAUGGCUGGCAAACACGUCGGAUAGCUGUAUGAUAUGCCAAAACGCAAUUAUUCUACACAGCAAUUCGCAGAUUAAAAAGAAGAAAUGGAUUUAGACCUGAACUGGACUCGAAAGCCGGAUUACGUGUUGCGCUUUUGAACGCUCCCCUCAGGGAACUACACAGGUGGGACGGGUAACUGUUCACACGAGUUUCGGACACUGUUAUGGGGAAUCAAGUGGAGAAACUUACCCAUUUGAAUUACAAUGAAUUACCUACCACUGACCCUAAUGGAUUCGACCUAGAGGACGACACUCCACGGAUCGGCGUGUCUUAUAUUUUCUCUGCUGACGACGACGAGCAGGAGGACAACAUCGAUGAGACAGAAAAGAUAGAUGUUAAACAUUACGACUGCCGCAAUGAAUUAGAAUGCGCGGUAUAUUAUCGCGACGAGUGCAUAUAUGACAGGAAUAGCAGGUUCGGUGAAGUCGGAACCCUGUCGUGGGAGAACUUGGCGAAUAAAUGCAAACCCGGUGACCUGGUGGAGUUUGUGGCUAUCGGUCAGUACCCGCACUGGGCCGUUUGUGUUGACGACCAACAGGUGGUUCAUUUGCACAGAAACGAGAUUAAAUGCGACUUCUUUUUCGAUGCCAGUCAAGGCAAAAGAGGCAGAGUUGUGAACGAGCUGUAUAAGUUUAGUGCGCUGAGCUCUGAUGUUGUGGUGCAGACUGCCAUGGAGCAGGUGGGGAUGAAAGAGCGAGACAUUUGCUGGAAGAACUCUGAAUGCUUCGCUGCCUGGUGCAGGUUUGGCAAACGAGAGUUUAAAACGGGAGGCGAGAUACGAAUCGGGAAGCAGCCAUACAAGAUGAAACUGCAGCUGUCGGAGAAGAAAAGUCACGUUUUGGACUUUCAAAGUUUAGAAGACUUGAUCAUGGAAAAGAGGAGAAACGAUCAAAUGGGAAGGGAAGCCGUUAUUCAGGAACUGGAGAAUCAUUUAAAUUGCACAGAAGACACUGAGAAUGAUUACAAUUGUAACUGAUGAUGGAUCAUAGAGGGCUCAUCAUGGAGGAAACGGGCUUUAUUUGUAAUCACCUCAAGCA